AUGGCUGCCAUUGGGAUAAUCGUUUUGUUGGUGUCACUGGCAGUGUAUAAUAAUGCUGCACCUGUAUCGGAACCAACGGGGGAAUCGGAAACGACAACGGCCGAUGGAGUCCAACUAGUAGAAUACAUUGAAGUAAUCGACAUUGUACCAGAGGUGGUGGCUCUCAUUCCCGAAACCACUGAUGCGGCGACUGAGCAAUCCACUCAUGAGGUUGCAAAGCGGUCCGUCCUCGGCAACCCAAACAACGGUUUUGUAUCAAACUUCGAGGCCGCAAAUGAAGAGUCUGGUCUUGUAGGCCGAAUCAAAGUGUUACCCUCUUGGGUCCGGAUAAGUGCCAAGAUCACACAGAAGACCGGCGUCAACGGGCGGCGGUUAUCACUUAAACAUCAGGUGACCGCCAGCUCGCUUGCCACCUUCUUACAUAAAAAAAGCUUAUACUGUAGAUGUAGCUGCGGCUUCAAGCGCCUACGCCCCGAAUCGAGCCAGCAGUGGGUGCAAUGCACCUUAUCUUGGAGGAGCGAGGAAGGAAGUUGC